GAGCCCCCCCCCGCCUCCCUCCCCGCAGCCGAACCGCCGCCGCCGCCGAGUCCACGACGCCAUGGCCAGCUCCCCCGUCUCCCGCGUGGUCUACAACGGCAAGCGGAGCGGCGGCCCGCGCUCCCCGGGCGCUGGCAGCGAGAUCUUCACCCCGGCCCACGAGGAGAACGUGCGCUUCAUCUACGAGGCCUGGCAGUGCGUGGAGCGUGACCUGCGCAGCCAGAUGGGCUCCGAGCGCAGCCUGGUGGAGGAGUACGUGGAGAAGAUGCCGAACCCUAGCCUCAAAGCGUUUAAACCCGUCGACCUGGGUGAUCUGAAGAGGAGGAACACACAGGAUGCAAAGAAGUCCUAAGGCGGGUCCUCCCUGCGGAUCGGCUGGUCUCCUAAGGUCCUCAAGCAGAUUUAAUUUGAGAUUUUGUGUUGAUUUCCUCCUCUGGUCUGUACUCCCAAAAGCCCGCGGGAGAGCCAGUCAGCUUUGGGGCUGGCUCUGAAGCUACCUGAAGUCAAAGAUGCUCAGGGGCUCACUGAGGAUGCCCAGAGCCUGUUGCAAAGGAUUCCGGUCUCCCACUUAUAGCUUUCUCUGGCCUCAAGCUGUCCUUCCCCACUUCAUGCUGGGCUCACAGACCUCCCGUUCUCCUUCCAUCUCUGCCCCUGGUGUGUGAAUAUGUGGGCUCCCCGGGCUCUGGUGUGCGGCAGGGCAGAGCAGAGCAGCAGAGUGUUGUUGGUAGAGGUAGCACUAGUUCUCCACUCCCUCCUGCACGCCCAGGGUCUGUGGUGGGCCAGGGGGAGAAGGAAGGAGAGCUGGUUCUGUCCUCAUGCCUCGGGACAGGCUGGCAGCUCCAGUUCAACACCCUUGGUGCUGCUGGCUGCUGGGCAGGUCACACUCUGGCUGUUCCUUGCUCUCUGGUGGGAGGGUUUAACUUGUACCUGGGCUUCUAGUGCUUGGGACUGGUCAGUGCUGCCAGAGCUCGUGGGUCGUGUCCGAGGUCGGACGUGUCCUUGUGCUUAGGUUGGGCCUGGUCCCUGUGGUGCUGGAGGAGGUGGAGCUGCUCCUCUCUCCUUACAGAUGGAAAGAGAUGGAGUGCCAGCACUGGCCACAGCCCCAAGUGCCCCUGAGGUGCUCGGAGGGGGGGUGUUGGGCUGCGUUCAGCACCCCCCUCCUCGGCCUUGGUGCUCCGGCAGCAGCAGUGGGGGGUGGAUGGUGCUGACUGUGCGGAAAGAAGCUCGUUGGCUUCCUUGCCUGAGCAGCGCCGUGCUGUUUUGUACUAACACCGUUUUCCAGACGUGCACCCUUGGAAAAGAUCUGCCCUCCACGGCUGGCAGAAAUGUCACUGUGUGGGGGCUGCCGUAGUCGGUGUAACUUGCCCCAGGGCGGGGGGAUUUCUUGGGACCCCCGCUCUUGGCAAGGCUCGGGUGGUUUCUGCAUCAUCAUCUUUGAGUGAGGGAGAGCGAUUGUGCCAUCCUCACCCAUCUGAGCAGAGCAGCUGUGUCUCUGUGCCCACAGCAGAGCGUGGGGAGCAGUGGGAGCAGCCCCCUGCCCGCUGUGCCAGUGGGGAGGGGGCUGCUGGGGGCUCUGCCCAGCACCUGUGGGCUUGGGAGGGGUGCGGGGGGGGGAGCUGGGGCUGCCAUUACCUUUCCUUUGUUGAGUCGUUGAGCUAUGCUGUCCCCUUUUCUGUUUUUUUGUUCUGUUUUGUUUUGUUUUGUUUCUGUUGUCUGUCACUUGAGGAGUGUUGUAAAUAAAAGCUGGUGUCCUUUUG